UGAACAAAAUAUGAUUUAAUGCUGCAGAUGUAUAUAUCAAAUAUAAGGUUACUAAACGAGGAUAUUGGUAUAUAACAUAGUAAGUGAGUGAAAUUCUAAAAAAAUCACUUAUAUUUAAAAGCUACAUAUAUACAUAAUAACUCCAGGGGAAAGGGGAGUUAUGUCUAAUUCAUAUGCAGCAAGAUUAAAAUUACAAAAAUAUUAUCAGUAAGUCUUUAUAAGGAAUAAAAAGAUUCGUCACUGACGACAGUUUUGUGGAUUUCCUAUGCAUUUCCUAGCACACUCAUAUUUACCUAAUAAAAAGAACGCAGCAUAUUUAAAAAAAAUUAAGUGUCAAAUAUAAAUACAAAUCUGCAAACUCCAGCACAAAGCUUCUGCAGUAAUUGGUUGAGACUCUGAGCGCCGCUGUUUACCAAUCAGGGAGAAGAAACGCGAAGAGAGAUCCAGCCAGCCCAGCACCGCUGUUAGACAGCACAGAACACAGAGAUCAGACUCUCACUCACCGGGUCUCUCCGGACUAAGCAUUAAUGGACGAUACUGGCUGAAAUAGGCUUAUGAUUUAACACCCGAUAUUUUCGGAAACAUUUAGCAGACAUUCCCUGAUUGGGAAUCUGGGGCGUUUCCACAUUACCAUGGGAACUGCAGAUGCACAAAGGCUCUGGGAUUGCAAAGGGCGAGCCCUGUUCUGCAUGAUACUGGUUACCGUUUGGGAGGCAGUUUCUGGGCAAAUUCGCUAUUUUAUUCCGGAGGAAAUGGAGAAAGGGUCUUUUGUUGCGAACAUCUCAAAGGAUCUGGAGCUGGAUGUAAAGCAGCUCUCAGACAGCGGAGUCCAUAUUGUUUCCGGAGGUAAGACUCAGUACUUUGCUUUAGAUUUCAAGAGCGGACAUUUAUACAUCACGGAGAGAAUAGACAGAGAGCACAUCUGUGGCCGAGUGGAGAAGUGUGUGUUAAACUGUGAGGUUAUAGUGGAGGAUAAAAUGAAACUUUUUCCGGUCGAAGUAGAAAUCACAGAUAUUAAUGAUAAUGCUCCGAGCUUCCAGUCAGAAGAAUUCGAUUUAAAAAUCAGUGAAACAGCAGCCCCAGGAUCACGGUUUUCUGUGCGUCAGGCACAGGACCCAGAUAUGGGACUAAAUUCCAUCCAGAGCUACCAACUCAGCAGUAACACGCAUUUCUUACUGGAUGUAGAAACGCAAUCUGAUGGAAUAAAAUACGCUGAACUGAUGCUGGAAAAGUCUCUAGACCGGGAAGAACAAGCCGUUCACAAUCUAAUCCUCACCGCCAUUGACGGGGGAGAUCCAGUCAGAUCCGGCACUGUGCAAAUCCGCGUAAUUGUUCUGGAUUCUAAUGACAAUGCCCCAGUUUUUAGCCAGCCUGUCUACAGAGUGAACAUUUGGGAAAACGUGCCUGAAGGUUCCCCGGUUGUUAUAGUAAAAGCCACUGAUCUGGAUGAAGGAGUCAACAAAGAGGUGAAAUACUCUUUCCAAAAAAUCACAGACAAAGCUUCCCAAAUGUUUCACUUGGACCCUAUAACUGGUGAAAUAACAGUCGUGGGGAAACUGGACUUUGAGGAAGUAGCAUUGUAUGAAACUGAGGUGCAAGCGCAUGACGGGGGAGGUCUUUUCGACAAAUCCAAAAUUGUAAUCGUUGUUAGCGAUGUGAAUGACAACGCUCCGGAAAUCGCUCUCAGGUCUCUCAUCAACUCGAUCUCCGAGGACUCUCCCCCGGGGACUGUCAUCGCACUUUUAAAUGUGCAAGAUCCAGACUCAGGAGAGAACGGGGAGGUCACGUGCUCCACACCCAGCGACCUCCCCUUUCAGCUGAAGAAACCCUUCGAGAAUUAUUACAGUCUGGUGACAGACCGAGCCCUGGACAGGGAGCAGGUAGCAGCAUACAACAUCACAGUGACCGCCACGGACAAUGGGUCUCCUCCUCUUUCUACAGCCAUCACGAUCCCACUCCGGAUUUUGGACACGAACGACAACGCCCCUUUCUUCGAUAAAACCUCCUACACCGGCUACGUCACGGAGAAUAACCCGAGAGGAGCCUCCGUUUUCUCCCUGAGGGCGACUGACCCCGACUGGGGGGAGAACGCCAGAGUCACUUACUCCAUUAUUGAAGGAGACAGAAGCGAAGUGCCUUUGUCCUCCUCCAUCUCCAUUAACUCCGAGACUGGGGCUCUCUACGCUCUGCGCUCCUUCGAUUACGAACAGUUCCGGGAGAUUCGGUUCCAAGUGCAGGCUCAGGAUGGGGGUUCCCCACCUCUCAGCAGUAAUGUCUCCGUCACUCUCUUUAUACUGGAUCAGAAUGACAACAGCCCACACAUCUUACACCCCUCCUUUCCCACCGAUGGCUCCACGGGAGUGGAGUUGGCCCCUCGCUCCUCCGAGCCGGGUUACCUGGUCACUAAGGUGGUGGCGGUGGAUGCAGACUCCGGGCAGAACGCCUGGCUCUCCUACCAGCUGCUGAAGGCUACAGAGCCGGGGCUCUUCUCUGUAGGACUCCACAGCGGCGAGAUCAGGACAGCUCGCUACUUCGUAGACAAAGAUGCGCUCAAGCAACUUCUGGUGGUUCUAGUGAAGGACAACGGGCAGCCCCCUCUCUCUGCCACGGCCACUGUCACGGUGGUGGUGGCUGACAGCAUCCCCGAAAUCCUCUCCGAUUUAAGCAGCCUCUCAGCUCCUAUAGACUCCCAGUCCAGCCUCACCUUGUAUUUGGUGAUCGCCGUGGCUUCCGUUUCCUGCUUGUUCUUUACCUUUACCAUAGUGUUACUGGCCCUGAGGCUCCGCAGGUGGAGAAACGCGCAGCUGUUUGACUCCUCGAGUGUGACUUUCAGUGGCGUUCCCGUGUCGCAGUUUGUGGGGAUCGAUGGAGUCAGAGCUUUUCUUCACUCCUACUCACAUGAGGGUUCUCUAACCACGGAGUCCAGUAAGAGCCAUAUCAACUUUCCCAAAUCAAACUGUUCAAAUACUCUGACCAGUCUGCAGGCUUACGAGAUAAAGAAUCCUAUUCUAAUGACUGAAGAGUUAUACAUUAAUAACGGGGAUCAGACCUCCUUUCAGCAAGCUCAGCCUAACCCGGACUGGCGUUUCUCUCAGGCCCAGAGACCUGGAACCAGUAGCUCUCAGAAUGGAGAAGAAGGUGGAGCUUGGCCAAACAACCAGUUUGAUACGGAAAUGCUUCAAGCCAUGAUCCUGGCAUCAGCAAAUGAAGCGGCUGAUGGGAACUCUACUCUGGGAGGAGGAGCCGGCACUAUGGGCCUCAGCACCAGGUAUGGCCCCCAGUUCACACUGCAGCACGUCCCUGACUACAGGCAAAAUGUAUACAUCCCCGGCAGCACUGCCACCCUCUCCAACUCCUCAGGUAAACGAGAUGGGAAGAGCUCAGGCUCUUCAGGUGGAAACAAGAAGAAGUCUGGGAAGAAGGAGAAGAAGUAGAAUUGACAGACCAUCAGCAGCUUAGACCUACAGGGCAGACCCCUCCAGCACUCCCCCAAAUCACAGCUUAGGAUAGAGGAUGAAUGUGAAUUUUGUGAUGAAAAAGCAGGAAACACUACGAAUGUAUGUCAUCAUCAGAGCUAGGAGUAGGGGCUCCUACUAUUAGUCCUCAUGAUGAAAAAUAAUUGGAAACAAAACAAAACAAAAAAAAUAAGUGCCCUGUUAAUACUAACUAAUAUUUUAUACUAUCACUUGGGUAAUUUAAUGUUCAAGGAUGUAAAAUCUUUUAAACAUGUCUUUGGAUUUGGUUUGCUCCAGAAUGGUCCAAGAAAGCCAUGAGGCUUGUUCUUGGCUUUGCCCAGUGUAAAUAAUUGUAACAUGGAUUUUUUUUUAUUUAUAUACUUUAGAUCAUUUUCAAAAAAAAAAAGUUCCCCAAAUUAGAACCCAUGUUCCAGAUUUUGAUAUUUAACUUUCCACUAGUGAAUCUGACCCUGAGUAACCUUGAAAUGGAUUCCUAGUUACAAAGUUGGUAGGGAGUGCUUCAGUUCCUGUUUACCUAUUAUCCUAAAAGAAAUAAGUGUUUACACUGCAUGAGCCGAUAGGAAUAAGGCUAAGAUGCGUUUUAAACAUUAUUUUUUUUAAGUGUGACCAGUGAUGGCCUGAAAUAUGAAACAAAAAUCAUGAUGUCUGAGAGACAGGGAAUGCAUUCAAUCUGCAGUGGAAAAGAUCUAAGUGCAGAGCAUGCCACUAGCAUUAUUGAGCUAUUCAAAACCUGUCCAUAUUGAUUUAGAGGCCUCUAUAGGACAAAUUCAUCUCCUCAAUUCUUUGCAGUAAAUAUUUAUAUGUAUAUUAAUGUUUUCCUGGAACUAAAGUUAAGAAAGUCCAAGUCCACUGCUGUGAGAACAAGGAGCUGCAGCUCCUUAAAGCAAUGAAAAGCUAAGUCCAUACCAAGGAAUGAUAUUAUCAGAGAAUAAACUCUGAUCUAUUUGUAUGGAAUAGAGACUGAAUGCUUCACAUUUCUGCUCAUUAAACUGCAUGCAAUACUCACCUCACAUCUACAGUAGGACAGCUAACUCUACCAGAUCUAGGGAAGUCAUCAUUGCAUGCAUGUACAGCAUAGUGUAAAUACACUGUGAGAUAAGUGAGUCUCAGUGCAGGCCAAGCAGUGUCUAUCUGGGAGUGGGGUUCAGUAAUAAGUGGCACAAUGUGUUAUAAAGAGUCAUUGCUCUGGCCUAGAGCAGUGAUGAGAUUUGCACAUUCCAUGUCUAUGCAGAGCAGCCAAGGACAGCCUUUGUUCAUUAGCCUUCAGAACUGGAUACUCAGUAACUGACAGUUGAUUUGAUGGGACCAAGGGACCAUGCUCACAAAUAAGGGACCCAAGAACUGGAGCUGAGCACAUGCCACUGACUGCAAAGCCAGUGGGCCUGAGAGCUGCUCUGGAGAUGCUCACAGGAGGGCCCAGGUCAGUCAGGUGACCAAGAGGAAGGAUACUGCUGGAUCACACACUCAUUCCAGCCCAGACUGUAACUGUACACAAGCAAUUAGAUGUGACUCAAAAUCCACUGGAUUUAGUCAGAAAUAUGGACAAGACUUUGCCUUGUUUUUGGUACCACUGGUACUGGGAUUUUUACCACAUUGAUAGAAUAGGAUUGUCAGGAAGUAGGGUCUCUCCACUAUGUGCCCUUUGUAACUAUGUACUCUGCUGACUGUUGGUCCAGACACAGCAAAGAGAGAGCGUGCAGUGUGCCCUUAGCAUUGAAUCAGCUUGGCAGCGAGUCUCCACAAGCACCUAGUCAGUGAGGAAGGCUGUAUUGUACCCUUAAGCCCCUCUUUAGCUAGAGAAGGGGGAUGCCCUUUACACUGGGCCGGCUUCCCAUAUCAAAGUAAGUGGGAGGGACCUGGGAAGGAAAAGGCAAAGGCAAAGAUACAGGGAUAGCUAUGCCAGGAUUGUUUUAAUUUCUAAUGAAUAACUCACCUGAGAAGAUCCAGCCUUCUAUGAUCACUCAGAUUAAACUUUCUCCAAGCAGCCAGGGUGCUUGCCUGGCCUGACGCAGCCCAGCGUCCGGCAGUAUUCACCAGAGCAUUGUGCACUAACUGAUGCCUCGUUAGCCAAUUGCUAUCUCCUUGUGUCUAGAGAAACAGGACUUGUCUAUGCGAAGAACUUGUCUGUGUAUGAUUUUUGUACUGAUCCCAGUCACCCUCUGCGGUGGUUGCACUAGAAACAGUUUACACAGUUAGUAAGGCUUUUACAAACUAAUGUAGUUAUUAUGUGACCCUUCUAGAAGUACUGUAGAUGAAUUGUAGUGUUUAUAUUUUCUUUUAAUCAGCAAUCUGAGUUAGUGUAGAGAGUGUUUUGUACUAGUGAUGUGUUACUUUUAUCUCAGUAAAUAACUUGUGGACAUCAGUAUUUUCAAUUUCUCUUUAUCUUCUUUCUGUGUGAUCUGUGCUCUAAGUGUAUGUGAAAUGAAACACACUUGUCCUUUCAAUGUGUCUAAUAUUGAAUUAUACUUAUAUAUUAUAUAAAUGCUUAUAUCCUCUUAUAUCCAUAUAGACCAAUGUUCAAUGUGCUACACGCAAGUUUUAUACUCUAAUAUUUAUAUUGCUUUUUUUCUUUGGGAAAAAAUAAUAAAAUGGUUUCUUCUGAA